AUGGCGGUCAUAGGGGUUCGUGUAUUGGCCACUCCCACCUCUGAUCUUGGCAAGAUUUUGGCUUGCAUGUAUGGUCCUGAAAUGGUGUUGGGUAAGAAAAACAUAGCUGCUGGAAUCCUGGAUGAUGAGAAGCCCGAGAAGUUGGGGGCCCUUCUUGCUGCUGUUAACAAUAAUGACAGCAGUCAUAUAGUUCAUGUUCCUUCUGGUCCAAAUGCCCUCUCUGAUAACAAAGCUCAGUGUUUCACGUAUGACUUAGAUGGCAGUACACCUGUUUUCACCAGAGAUGGGGAAGGAACAGGGGGAUUUGGUGCAGCUGGUGGUGCUCCCAGUUUUGAUUUUGGUUUUGAUCCCAGUCUAGAUCCUGAGCUAGCUCUUGCCCUUAGAGUUUAUUUAGAAGAGGAGAGAGUGCAAGGAAAGAAGAUGCUGCAAAAAGAGCUACUGAAGAAGCUUCUAGAAUAG